UUAAAUUUCCCGCUUGUUUGCCCUAUCUCAAAUCCAGAUCUGCGAUCUCGAAUUCUCGACCUCGACAGCGAUGGCGCGAAAAGGCAGGAAGCGACGAGGGCGUUCUUCCACACCAGCCGUUCCGAAGACGCAGAUUUGUACUAUUGUUGAUGAGUUGGGGAACAUGGGUUUGGUCUUACUGCUGUUUGAGACACCCUCUGGCUUUGCCAUAUUCAACAUUGAUGGUGUCCAAUUGUUUCUACCAAAAGCAGAGGAGAACAUCUGGGCAAACUAUGUCAAAGAUUAUAUGACAUACCGCGUUAUCUGGCUGAAGGAAUUCAAGACUUUCAAGGACAAGUCCAAUGCAUUUAACCACACUGGUAUUAACAGUGAGCUUGCCCAGAUGAUCAAGAAAUGGCAUCUCCCAGGUCAAAAAUUAGCUGUUGGAAAGCAGGAGCAUAAAUCAGUCAUUGAACAGAAGUUGAAAAUAUCCUGCCUUUUUAAUGAUGCUGUGAUGGAGGUGAUGUGGGGCAUAAAACAUCUCAUGAAGAGUCUAGUGCCUCAGGAAGAAUCUGAGCUGCCUAUGGAAGAGCGCCUUCAGAUGAGUUAUGGAUUGAAGACUGUGCUGAAUCGUCAUGGUUUCAAUGUUAAACCAGAGAUGGUUAAUGAGCGUAUUAUUGAUACAGCAUGUGUCCUGUAUGACUGUGAUUUAUGUGAGACGAAGCAUUCUGAAUUCUUUCUUAGUGCUGGUGAGUGCAUUAUGGAGGUAUCAGGUAUUGCGUGUCAGGGUUGGAGCUUAAUGAAAAUUGCAACAGCUCUCAAGGUUUUAUAUGAUCCUGAAACUGACAUUGUAUAUGAUGAUCCUGAAUCGAUGUUAUCGAAGGACGAGCUACUUAGGUUGAAAGCUGACGCACGUCUGUAUGAUGGUAAGCUACUGAAGCGUACCGGCGCGGCAGUCUACAAUGAAAUUGUGUGGGCCCGUGAAGUCAAGGAUGAUGCAAUAAGACUAUUGAACAUUUUGGUCCAUGAAGAUGGAGAUGCGGCCACGCCUGAGAAUUCAGUGCCACCGGGGAGAGGAGAUCACGCACUGACCCUUCCGUCCUUGAAGGUUGAGAAAACAAGAAGGUCGACAUGUGGGAAUGCCUGAGAAUCCACCUAUGCCACUGGGGAGAGCAGGAUCUAUCUCCGAGCCUGCUGUCCAGGAAGUUAAGCAGGAAAUGGUAUGAGCGCCACAUUUGAUGCAGUAGUGCUUACUGCUUAGACAGAUGCGUUUGUUCUGUUCAUGCGUCUUGGACAUGACUUGAAGUCAAUCUUAUGAUGUGAUUUUCACUGCUUAUGCUCCUUUCUGUCUACUGCGAAUAUGUAGUUGAUUAAGAUAUUUGCAUAUGGUUUUGCCUUAGCCCCGGCUAGCAUGCCAUGAGUAA